AUGGAGAGUGGUGACGUCGCGAUCGAUCUUUCAGGCGGCAAUUACAGGCCGGGCGCCCCACACUCACCAACCAUUGGUCGUGCAUCUGACGUCGAAAAGCGAAAUGGCCAUGUGGUUAGUUUAAGCUAAACUUCGUUGUUCUUUGCCUUAAGAAGUUCUCGACUUCGAUUUAAAGCAUUUCGCUGAAUUUAGUAGCAUCACUCCUAAGUACACCAUCAGUACUUUGCAUUUUUCAGAAGUGCGGACCAAUAUCAUAAGAAGGGUUUUCUGCCAAACAAAUGCGAAAAAAGUCCAUAAACAUUCGGAGAAAGUUACUGCGCGCGAAAGAUUUUUGCCAUAAACUAAUUGUUAGUGUUGUAGAAUAGAUUUAAACGUUACGUAACAACUUGUGGUGCCAAAGUAGGCAAAUUCGAUUAAUACACGAUAACGCAUAUCACGCGUCUACCGUUCCAAUCCAUUUUAAUAUGGCCACCCCUAAUGUAUAAACGUUUUUCUACUUUGCAAAAUAGCAGGAAGGUGUACAGCGCUGUCUAGAACAACAGCUUUUUACUAGCCUUAAGAGUUAACCGGUUUACAAACGGUAGUAAGAUCUAAAGAUACACUGAUAGUCUUACACCGAGGCUUAGCCGCAGGGAAGCUGUCGUAUGCUUUUUCGUAUGCUUAUACUUUCAAGCGUUCCUUUUUAUUCGUCAAGGCACAGAAAUGAUCAAAGUCGCCCUAUCGCCGUUUCUUUAACGUCAACGGCUAAGACCAAACCAAAAUGAAACCUUUCAGCGAAAAGUUGUAGCUGGUCUCGCUAACUCGUUACUUCAGGUUUGCAAAUUUGUCAAAGACUUUUCCAAACAAGACGCAAAAAUCGAAAAGCGCAUAAAAAUAUGCCUAUAUCUACCGUUUAAAUACUGAAAUACGUUCAACAAUGCUAUGUUUAAGUGGUUUUGAACUAUAUUCUCGUUGCGUGCCCCUGAUCUUUCCAAAAGCACCUCAUUAUCCAUGCAAAAACUUUAGAUCACGGAAACUGUCGGAACAGCACUUUUUGGGGGUCAAAGUCUGUUAAGCGAUUUAAUGGAAAAGAGAUAAGUAAAACAGUCGAUUGCCAGUUACAGAGCCAUUGAGGCGAGACGCACGAAUGAAUAGUUCAACUGUUUAAGAACAGUUUACCCAGAAAAAUAGAUUUUUCAGUCACUUUGUUUUUGCAAACCUUCGAUCUUUAUUUCAAGUCUGUGCACAGUUGAAGCAGAGCGCAGUGUGGGGGCUCUAUUACUAAAGCCGAAAACAUUAACCAAGGUGUUUUAUAUGUUGAAGAGUACAGAAUUGAUUGCGCGAACAAAUUUUGCGUGCCAGGUGCGACGAAAAAAAAUCAUUUCGGAAAUAACGAAUUGACGAGCAAUUGAUUGAUUCAAACAUAAGCGGCGUCAAACGUUUGAUCUUACUUUCGUUUUUCGAAGAUUCUGGUUUCCGCAAGAUCAAACUUCAGUUUUUGUUUACGUAUGUCCAGCGCGUGAUCGCCGCUUUUUUUUAAUUUUCACGUUAACUACACGUGAUAUUGACGAAUGUUGCUAUAGUUAUAGUGUGCGCACGCAACAGUAAUCAUCCUCACAUUGUUCCCUACAGUGACAGCCCCAAAUAAGGGGUAACGUUGCUUGAAGUAGCUACCCAAACACUUUACCUGCUUUACAAACGCAAAGGGAGCCCGAGCGCUUUGCAUGUGUCUUAUUCCUUCCAAUGCAAUGAAAUCAAAAUGUUUUACCAGGGUCUCUGUGUAUUUCUUUCGUCGUUCAAGCGCGUUAGCGGAAACUGCAAUCAACAUGAAAGUCUGAAGUUUUAAGUAUCACCUGAAACCCGAGACUCGCUCCCCUGAAGAGUAAUAUCAUAUACUUGAAGCUCGAGACGUUAAUGUCGGAUCCAGAUUCCGACCCGCUUGAACGGAUGAUAUUUUGUAUUUGAACGGAGAAACCGUCUUCGCUGUGAUGCAAAUCCCUUCCAAAACGACCAAAGAUAGACACAGAUGCACGUGUAAAUCCUUGCCAUUUUGAUGAAUUCGAAUGAAUAAGCUAUAGAGCGCUUCUUGUACAGUUGUAAAAGCACAAGUCUUAGAAUGAAACAGGUUUCAUCCUAUUCCUUGAGAUCUUGUUCCUAUUUGUUUCUUUCACUGUUCUGUAUCCUGUUUAUCAUUGAGCCAAGGAAUUCUGCCCUUUGGCCGCUCAGAGGGAAGCGAAACAAACCUCUUUGUUAAAAAUCCAAAUUGAUCUUGGCAUUUUUAACAUAAUGAAGGUCAUUUCGUGUUUUUGUUACUUAGAGAAAGCUCCACUCUUGCUCUACAGUAUGCCACUUUAUAUAGCUAGCUAGCUGUUAUGACUUGGUCGAUUGAAAUGCUAAUUUUAAAAAGCUUCACGUUUUGCAUCACAUUGUUUGUUCUAUAAUGGGAUGAAGACAGAACUAACAGAAAAACAGAAGUAAGCUGAUCGGAGAUGCAGUCUGUUAGGCGAUUUGGCAAAAUGUCAUUAACUGUGAAAAAACUGUAUAAUUUUUCUUCAGCUUAACAAAACAUGAAAUUCUGUUGUGGAAAUGUUACGCAGAAUCACUUAAAUAAAUCCUCUUAAGCAGCACUGUCAUAUGCCUUUUCUUUUUUAAAGGAUUUAACAAAGUGUAGUAUCAAUAUUUUCACUCAUUUCCAGGGACAGAAUGGUUUAUUAGUCACUGCUAGAGCCUCUGGAAAAGGCUGGAUUAACAGUCAACUUUUAAAACAAGUGAUGACAAGUGAUAAAGCGAGUGAAAUUUUUCCCCAGUACAUAACCAUUAAACCUUCCUCAGCCACCAACGAACAAAGAACAACCUUUUUGCGACACUGUUUUUUUUUUUACAUUGGCAUCCUUUAACGUCACAGUUCGUCUCUGAUUAUUAAUAACAUAGUGAAUCUUGGUAGCUCAUGGUUAUACAGCACCCAACGACUGUUUUCUGUAAAAUAUCUGUUCCAAGAAGCACGUAUUAUCUAGAAAUUUUUAUUUUUUAAGAGAGGCUAUACAAGUCUAGAUGACUGCCCCAUUUAUCUCAGAUUUUCGAAGCUUGUCCAUUAACUUCUCUACGAUUUUCGAUAGUUGGGUUUUUCACAUUUCGCUCCCCCGGGUUUGAUCAUUAUGCGUAAAAAAAACUCCCCUAAAACUUUCGGCUUUGGGAAUAGUGACCGAAAGACGACUCAGAGAAUGUCGAGGUUUCGUAAACCUUUAAAUCGCAUAUAUGAUUGUCGGGAAAAUAAUAAGAAAGCGCUAAUAAAUUUGAGAAGGCAAAAGGUACCUUAGGAUGACGGAACAGAUAAAAAUUGUAUAGAGCUUCUUAGAAUGCAUUUGCAGAGUCAAAAACACUCUAGGUAGCCUUAAAUUCACUUGAGAACAUUUCCAGGGAAAAAGCCGUCUUUGGGUGCCCCUGAGUAAAAGAAACAGACGUAGAUGACGAUGGAAGUUAAUGUUUUUGAUCGAUUUGUUAUAGGAAGUAAAGGACAGCGAGCCACCCCGCCGGCGACGAAGAAGAACUCCACUAGAGUGGUGCAAAAAAUAUUUCUGGGAAGGUUAGAGUCGAAAUUCUUGUUACAUUUUUGUUAAAAUUAUGAGCCACAACCUUUUGUUCCGCGAAUGGCUGCUAGAACACCACUGAAGAGUUAUAGUUCAAGUUUUGAAAAGUGGUAAGCUAUGGGUAGCUGGGAGGUGUUAAGAUUUUUUUCAACUUUUAAAAGUUAGCCUAAGGAUACUCACUGAGCUCUUAAACGUCCACUUCUUUUUCUUUGUUUGUUUAUUUGUUUUAUGAAAAGUUAGGUUAUUUGCUACAAAUGGUUGAAUCAUUUAAAUACCUCGUUUUCUUUUAGGUCAAACACUGACCGCAGAGGGAAACGAAGCAAUUGCAAACUUGGACCCCAACGCGCCAUGGCAUACGAAGCUUCUUGUCAAGUAUCGUCGCUUCGUGGGUAUCGGCAUAGCGUCUGGCUUCUGCCACAUUGUCUGGUGGACUCUUGCUAUCAGAUACAACUGGUUCGCUAUCUUUCCUGAUAAUUACUUCAUGACUUUAACGAUGGUUGUUGGCGGUACCGUCGCAGGUAAUGUGAUCCUUUAACGUAACAGCCAUUUCCAAACUAACGACUUAACUAAAGCGUGGUCAAGUUGGGGGAAUGGAACUAUGCUCUGAGACACUGAUUUUGUAACGGGCUCUUUCAAGGCAAUAUCAUCAGACAUUAAUCACCAGCCUAGUAUUUUUCCACGACAGAGUGAGCCUUUAAUAAAAUAGCGUUAGUUUCUUAGUAAGUUGCUCGUGUUCCCCUGCAUCAACACCAAGCAUCUGUUGCAAAGAUUGUCUCCAGUGUUAGGUUAUAAAGGUAUUGUGAUACAGAAUCGAUAAUGUGGAACUUUUCUUGCUACAGGAAUGACCAGUGAAGGUGGAGGAGCGGUUGCUUUUCCUGUCUUAACCCUUGCUGUUGGCGAGAAACCUUCUAUUGCACGCGAUGUCGCACUGUUAGUGCAAUCCUGUGGUAUGUCAGCGGCGACGUUCACCAUCUUCUUUAUGCGUGUGCAGCUAGAGUGGCACUCCAUAGUAUUCUGUUUCCUUGGGGGAGUCUUUGGCGUAAUACUUGGCCUGGAGUUUGUCGAUCCUUAUGUAAGUGCCGUCGUGAAGAAGAUGAUUUUCGUCUGCGUCUGGUUCACCUUUGCCUUCGCUCUGUUUCUUUUGAACCGCUACUACAAGAGAAAGACAUAUAAGACAAUCCCCGAUGUUAAGUUGUGGAAGAUAAUCACCCUUCUCGUCACUGGCUUCAUUGGUGGAAUCUUCACUGCCGUUGUUGGUGGGGGAGUAGACAUCUGCAGCUUCAGCGUCUUGACACUUCUAUUCCGUGUCACUGAAAAGACAGCCACACCUACAUCCGUGGUCAUGAUGGCAUGGACCUCCUUGGUUGGAAUCGGAUGGCGUCGUCUCAUUCAAGAUACGGUAGAUCUACAGGCGUGGCACUACAUCAUUGUUACUGCCCCAGUUGUUAUGCUUAUGGCUCCCCUUGGCUCCCUCCUGGGAACUCACUUCCAUCGCCAGGUUCUUGCUGCUUUGAUCUACAUCUUGGACACCAUUUCUCUGGUAACUGCCUUUGCAAUCCUACCGCUCUCUGGCGCUGUGAUUGGCCUGUCCGUGGGGAUGUUAGUCUUCGGGUUCGCCUUUUUCGGCUUUAUCGCGUGGCUUGGCAAUAAAAUCAUGGCAGAUAUUGAAGCGAAAGAGGAAGAGAAUAGGGCGGCAGAGAAAGAAAAGGAGGCUGCACAAAAGGGAUUCGAUAACGAAGCGUUCAAAGAUAGUACCGCUUUGUAGACACAAGAAAGAAUGAAGUGAAUAUACUGUAAUGGAUAAGCGAAUUUCUUUUUAUUCUACCUACCUUUUUAAUAUGUGCUAGGUCAUUGUUAUAACGCUUUUAAAAAUACUAUUAUUUCUGCGACCUUUGUUGCAUUUUAAGCCUACAGUUGUAGAAUGUUAAUACAUCUAACUCAAAGUGUCAUAAGAACAAACGCAGUUCCAGAAGUAGGACUGAAAAUUCCAGAAAGAUGGUCAAGGUUUAAUCUUAAUUUCGGCACUUGCCAUCUGAAGGCACCGUAGGUAGAGCUUUCCGCUUAGGAGAGUGGCGUUAAGAGAGGCUCGACUGUAACUGAACAUAUAAAAAUAAUUUGUUUAGUAUUGCUUUUUGUAGUAUCAUUUUAGAAAGCUUUUACG